UCUGUGUCCCAUGUACUAUUUGGGAAGUACUAAAAAUUUAUUCAUUUAUCUGAAAUUCACAUUUAACUGGGAGGACUGUAUUUUUAUUUGCUAAACUUGGCGACUCUAUCAGGUCCUCUCUGAGGUCACCCUGAAGGGUGCAGGGGUUAAAUGGAGGAAGAGGCGUUGAAGAGUGUCCUAGGCAGCUGAACUGUGUGUGCUAAGGUCCUGGGGCGGGACCUGCUAUAGUUAUCUAUGCGCAUCCCUGCUGUGGUGGUUGAAGUUAUUGCUCCCCGGAAUCUCGCCCAACCAGGCCCGCCCUCUCCCACGUCCUGCCGAAGUGAAAUCACGCCCAUCUCAGAUUCCAAACUGCGCCUUUGUUAGAUGGGGAAACUAAGGCGUAGAAUCCAGGCCCGGGACGGGUGGGGACAAGGAGGACAAUGCACCUUCGGUGCGGGCGGGGACUAGCACCAGAGAGCGAGGUGGGCGGGCGAGAACGAAACUCAGAAAACGACACGGGCGGAGUCGAGAACCCAAAAGCGACGUACGCGGGCCAAGAAGGGGAAUCGAGGUUCGGUGCGGGCGGGGACGAGAAGCAGCGCUCGGGCACGCGGGGACGGCGGCCGGCGCGGGCGGGCGCGGCCUUUGUCUCCUCCUCCGGCGCGCGCCUUGGCUGCACCGGCCCCAUGAGCCCGCGGCCCCCCGGCGCCCGGGCCGCUCACAGCCCCUGACCUGAUUUGCCCUCGCCAUGGCCGAAGCCGCCUCCGGUGCCGUUGGCACGUCCCUGGAGGGCGAGCGCGGCAAGAGGCCCCCGCCGGAGGGCGAGCCUGCAGCCCCGGCGUCCGGAGUUCUGGAUAAGCUUUUUGGGAAGCGGCUCCUGCAAGCGGGUCGAUACCUGGUGUCCCACAAGGCAUGGAUGAAGACAGUGCCCACGGAGAACUGCGAUGUGUUGAUGACCUUCCCAGACACGACCGAUGACCACACACUGCUAUGGCUGCUGAACCACAUCCGCGUGGGCAUCCCCGAGCUCAUCGUGCAAGUCCGCCACCACCGCCACACGCGUGCCUACGCCUUCUUCGUCACCGCCACGUAUGAGAGCCUACUCCGAGGGGCCGAUGAGCUGGGUCUGCGCAAGGCAGUGAAGGCCGAGUUUGGUGGGGGGACCCGCAGCUUCUCCUGCGAGGAGGACUUCAUCUACGAGAAUGUGGAGAGUGAGAUGCGCUUCUUCACCUCCCAGGAGCGCCAGAGCAUCAUCCGCUUCUGGCUGCAGAACCUGCGAGCCAAGCAGGGCGAGGCACUGCACAAUGUGCGCUUCCUGGAGGACCAGCCAAUCAUCCCUGAGCUGGUGGCCCGCGGGAUCAUCCAGCAGGUGUUCCCGGUCCAUGAGCAGCGCAUCCUGAACCGCCUCAUGAAGUCAUGGGUGCAGGCUGUGUGUGAAAACCAGCCUCUAGACGAGAUCUGUGACUACUUUGGCGUGAAGAUUGCCAUGUACUUCGCCUGGCUGGGCUUCUACACGUCGGCAAUGGUGUACCCAGCCGUCUUUGGCUCUGUCCUGUACACAUUCACGGAGGCUGAUCAGGUGCUGGGCAUGGGCCAGGCAGGGGUGCGGUGCCCAAGACACCCUCCUCCAUGGGCCAGCCUGGCCAACAGCUCAGCCCUCCUCUGCCACCUCCAGAAAAGCCGGGAUGUAUCCUGUGUGGUCUUUGCCCUCUUCAAUGUGGUCUGGUCAACACUGUUCUUGGAGGAGUGGAAACGGAGGGGGGCGGAGCUGGCCUAUAAGUGGGGAACGCUGGACUCACCCGGGGAAGCUGUGGAGGAGCCACGACCCCAGUUCAGGGGCGUGCGCCGCAUCAGCCCCGUGACGCGGGCCGAGGAGUUCUACUACCCACCCUGGAAGCGGCUGCUGUUCCAGCUGCUCGUGAGCCUCCCGGUGUGCCUCACCUGCCUGGCCUGCGUGUUCCUGCUCAUGCUCGGCUGCUUCCAGCUGCAGGAGCUGGUGUUGAGUGUGAAAGGGCUGCCCCGCCUCGCCCGCUUCCUGCCCAAGGUCGUGCUGGCUGUGCUGGUCAGCGUGAGUGCUGAGGGCUACAAGAAGCUCGCCGUCUGGCUCAACGACAUGGAGAAUUACCGGCUGGAGAGCGCCUACGAGAAGCACCUCAUCAUCAAGGUCGUCCUGUUCCAAUUCGUCAACUCGUACCUGAGCCUCUUCUACAUCGGCUUCUACCUCAAGGACAUGGAGCGCCUGAAGGAGAUGCUGGCCACUCUGCUGAUCACCCGCCAGUUCCUCCAGAAUGUGCGCGAGGUCCUGCAGCCGCACCUGUACCGGCGGCUGGGCCGUGGCGAGCUCGGCCUGAGGGCCGCCUGGGAGCUGGCCCACGCCCUGCUUGGCCUGCUGAGCCUCCGGCGCCCUGCGCCCCGCCGCCUCGAACCCCAGGCCGAAGAGGGUGGCGGCAGCGGUGGAGGGGGGCGCAGGUGUCUCAGUGGGGGCUGCGGGGCACCCGAGGAGGAGGAGGAGGCCCCAGUGCAGCGGCGGCCAGUGGGGGAAGGCGGGGAGGUGGGGGAUGGGCCGAGGGGGGACGAGGAGGAGGAGGAGGAAGACGACGAGGAGGAGGAAGAUGAAGAGGAGGGUGAGGAGGGCAGCCUCCUGGACUGCGGGCUCCGGCUGAAGAAGGUCAGCUUUGCUGAGCGGGGGGCUGGGCGGCACCGGCCCAUUCCAAGCCCGGAGGCCCUCCUGGAGGAGGGGAGCCCCACUAUGGUGGAGAAGGGGCUGGAGCCAGGUGUGUUCACACUGGCCGAGGAGGAUGAUGAGGCCGAGGGGGCUCCCGGCAGCCCUGAGCGGGAGCCCCCAGCCAUCCUGCUCCGCCGGGCCGGGGGCGAGGGCCGUGACCAGGGGCCGGACGGGGGCCCAGACCCUGAGCCAGGCUCAGGUGACUCAGCCCGGAGGCAGCGGCGGCAGAAUCGGUCAUCUUGGAUCGACCCACCCGAGGAGGAAUACUCACCCCAGCUCACCCAGGCCGAGCUGGAGAGCUGUAUGAAGAAGUACGAGGACACGUUCCAGGACUACCAGGAGAUGUUCGUGCAGUUCGGCUACGUUGUGCUGUUCUCGUCCGCCUUCCCCCUGGCCGCGCUGUGCGCUCUGGUCAACAACCUCAUCGAGAUCCGCAGCGACGCACUCAAGCUGUGCACGGGGCUGCAGCGGCCCUUUGGGCAGCGAGUGGAGAGCAUCGGCCAGUGGCAGAAGGUGAUGGAGGCCAUGGGCGUCCUGGCAAUCGUGGUCAACUGCUAUCUCAUUGGCCAGUGUGGGCAGCUACAGCGCCUGCUGCCCUGGCUCAGCCCUGAGGCAGCCAUCGUUUCCGUGGUGGUGCUCGAGCACUUCGCUCUGCUCCUCAAGUACCUCAUCCACGUGGCCGUCCCCGACAUCCCCGGGUGGGUCGCUGAGGAGAUGGCCAAGCUCGAGUACCAGCGUCGGGAGGCCUUCAAGAGACACGAGCGCCAGGCCCAGCACCGCUACCAGCAGCAGCAGCGCCGGCGGCGGGAGGAGGAGGAACGCCAGCGCCACGCGGAGCAUCACACCCGGCGGGAACACGACGCCAGCGGCCGGGACGAGGCACGGGCCGAGGACUCCGGGCUGGACCCCAGCGCCCCCGAGAAGGCCUCAGCCAAGGCCAAGGGCAGCGGGGCAGGCGGCCACGGACCGGAGCGGCCCAAGCGCCCGGGGUCCCUGCUGGCGCCCAACAACGUCAUGAAGCUGAAGCAGAUCAUCCCGCUGCAGGGCAAGUUCCUGUCGUCGGGGGCCGCGUCCUCGCUGGCCGGUGCCGGAUCCGGCCCCACCACCCGGCCGCCCCCUGCCCAGUCGCCCACGGGCAGUGACACCCGCCUGCCGGCCUUCCUCAGCUUCAAGUUCCUCAAGUCCCCUGAGACCCGGCGAGACCCCGAGCGCAGCCACUCGCCACCCAAGGCCUUCCACACCGGCAAGCUCUUCCCCUUCGGCGGCGCCCGGGCUGAGGCCGGGUCCAACGGGGUAGGCGGGCAGGCCCGGCCAGAUGGGACCCCUGGCGGUGGCAGUGGCAGGGCCCAGCGGAGUGGGCCAGCGGACGAGGCCGCGGCUGAGGAGCCAGAUGCCCCCCGGCCCGAAGAGGAAGGCUCAGGGACCGCGCUGGCCCCCGUGGGCGCCCCCGCCCUCCGCACCCGCCGCAGCCGGAGCCCCGCGCAGCUGCCGCCGCCGCCAACGCCGCUGCCCCGGCCCCCGACGCCGCCCGCCGGCUGCUGGCAGUGGGACGGGCCGUGGGGCUGCGGGGGCGAGGGCGCUGCCCCCCGCCAGGUCUCCGCCGACUGCCCGCCCUGCGCCCUGGCCGGGCCCGCGCCCGGCCCCCAGUCCCUGCCGGGCGACGCCAGCUUCUACAGCCUCCCGCUCCCGCCGCCGCCCCCCUCCGAGCCCCCUGAGCCCCCGGCGCCCUCGCCCAGCCCCAGCCCCCAGGCGGUGUGCUGGCCCAGCGGCUGGCACUAGCUCGGCCGCCCUGCCCUCCUCUUCGCGGAUGCAACAUCAGCCCCGGGCGGGGCGGCGCCGCCCGCCACCGCGCUUCAGCCCCACGGCCCCAGGAUUGGCUGUCUCUCCUGAGGCAGGGCCGGGGGUCCGGCCCCCCCAUCUGCCGUUUUCCUUUCCACUAGGAUGGGGGACACGAAAGGUAACCCUGACAACCAACAGAAAACACAGAAUAGGCGAUUAUUUAUUUGUUUUUAAUUUAUUUUGUCAUAUUUUUGUAAAACGGCAGAAAUGCAAUAAAAAGUAUAUUUCAACAGUG